AUGCCGCCAAUUACUUUCGCCGCGCCACUGGCGCUAUCACAACCGACGACAUUGCUGCCGCGCACAUUUACACGCUCCAUCAAGACGCUCAACCCGAAAAUCAAGCCCAGUCGCUUCAAUGCCGGUUUCGAUCUACCCGUACUCGGUUCCUCCAAGACUGCUGCUCUCGAGCGCAAGUCAUACACACUUCCGCCGCGCAGUGGCGCUCUCGCUGUCAAGAAGGGCAUGACUGCUCUCUACGAUCCCGAAACCGCAAAACGUACUCCCUGCACAGUUCUCCAACUCGAUCGCGUACAGGUUGUUUCGCACAAGACCCGCGACAAGCACGGCUACUGGGCUGUUCAAGUCGGCGCUGGUAUCAAGGAGCCCAGGAAUGUGACGCGGCCUGAGAGAGGGCACUUUGCCGCCAACAAGGUUGGUAUCAGCCGCCACCUCCACGAGUUCCGUGUCAAGGAUGAGUCUGGCUUGCCCGAGGUCGGCUCUGUUAUCAGCGCAGAUUGGUUCCAGGAGGGUCAGUACAUCGAUGCAAAGGCGAAUUGCAGGGGUAUGGGUUUCGCUGGUGGUAUGAAGAGAUGGGGAUUCCACGGUCAACCUGCCAGUCACGGUCAAUCCUUGACUCACAGAACCAUGGGUAGUUCGGGUGCCUCACAGGGUAGCGGUAGCAGAGUCUUGCCUGGCAAGAAGAUGGCUGGAAACAUGGGUGGUCAGCAAGUCACCGUUCAGAACCUGCGUGUCUUGAAGGUUGAUGCUGCUAACGGAAUUGUUGUCGUCAAUGGAUGUGUCGCUGGUCCCAAGGGUGCCCUCGUCAAGAUCCAAGACGCUUUGAAGAAGCCAUGGCCUGCGGUUUCUACACCUCCGGCUGCAGAUGCGGCCGCUGAGCCCGUCCAGGCAACCGCCUAA